AAAGUAAAUACUGGUACUUGCGCACAGUGUUGAGUGACAGACAACACGAUCACUUUCUGACUGUCAACUCCCCUCUAUUCACCAAUUAGGCAAAAUAUAUUGAAUAAUCAAUUACUGAAUUCGAAACUAUUAGUUUUGGUCACAUAGUAAUUCUUCAGCUUCCCAAUAUAUGUGACAGACUGCUUUUGUGCUCAUUUUUAUGCUGGAAAUUUAUGAAAGUUGCCUUGGGACAGAUCGAAGUUUUGAGAAAGAAUAAACAGAGGACACCAGUUUUAAGAAAAUAACCCUCUUAAACGUUACACGGUCCUGUAUGGAAUAGCCUUUUUGGGGGGACACGACACGGGUAGUAAACCGGCAGAGCAAUGAGUGGUGAGAGUGGCUAUUCAAACCCCAAAGUCGUGUAGACCCUGAUUGCAAGUGGAAUGACAGUUCAGGAAGUUUGCAAAGUCAGAAGAAUGGUUACUUCAUGGGGAUGUGUAUUGCUGCUCCAGAGAAACACCUGAGAUACAUUCACCAGAUGAGUGACACUUGGAAGGUGUUUUUCAUCCUCUCUUUGUGCCUCCUGUUGGCCAGCUAUAUACUUAUCAUCUUCUGGUCACGCCGACACUGGCACAACCAUCCUAUCAGCAGAGCUCUACAGGCUCAUGUCCAGCCUCCUCAUUCAAACUGGCGCUCAGUGGCCAGCCACAUCAACACAGAGUUCAGACGCAUAGACAAGUUUGCUACAGGAGUACCCGGAGCCAGGGUCAUUGUCACGGACAGCUGGGUGUUAAAGGUGACCACCUACCACGUCUACAUGGCCGCACAGAGGGACUGUCAUGUGACUGUGACCGAGUCCAGGCAGCACCAGCUAAAUCCCGACUCUGCCUCUCCCAUACAGCUGCUCACCCUCAGAGUGCAUAGCAUCAAUCCUGCUGUUAGACCAUUUGACAUAAGAUUGAACUCAACGGAGUAUGCCGAGCUCAGGGAGAAGCUCCACGUUCCCAUCCGAAACUCUGCUAAUGUAGUUAUUCGCCAAACAAUUAGUGAGCUUUUCCUGGAAACGUUCCAAGCUCACGUGAACCUCAACCAAUCCUACUCGCUCCCCAGUGGACAGGAGGUGGAGCCGUGUAUUGGCUGCAUGCAGAUGCCAGCAAACACCAAACUGGUCAGACUCUGUCAUGUAGAUGGAGCUGACGUUGAGACUGAGUGCGAGCAGUGUUUCUGCAGACCUAUGUGGUGUUUGUCCUGUCUGGGUCGAUGGUUCGCCAGCCGACAAGACCAGCAAAGACCCGAGACCUGGUUGUCCAGUCGAGUCCCCUGCCCCACCUGCCGCGCCAAAUUCUGCAUACUGGAUGUUUGUGGGGUACACUGACACACAAAAGUCCCAGUUAUGACAUCAUAUCAGGAUGACUACACAACAAAUAUUUCCUUAAUGUUCGCUCAGUACAGUGAAUAAGAAGGAAUAACUUAUUGAAUGAACAUUUUGUAUGUGGUAUAUGGAGGAUGGAGGAAGUUUUACAAUUUGUGAAAGUUGUUUGGUUAGUGUAACGCUAAAGAGACAUGUCAGAAUGGUAGAUGUCACUUAUGUCGCCAUAUUCCAGGCAUGUGCGCACAGAUGCCAAGUGGUGCUGAAGCACCCGCCUUUUUGCCCUGGUUGAAAAAAAAUUCCAUUGCAGCACUUUUUUUUUUCAUUCAUCACCAUUGAAAACAAUCAAAAUCA